AUGGUGAAAGAGUCAGCAAGGAAGUGCGGCCAUUGUGGGCUAAAUGGUCACAACUCAAGGACUUGCAAUGGCAAUGGCGGUGACAAGAGUUCUUUCAGACUAUUUGGUGUGGAUAUAGUGGAAAAUAAAGAACCCGCCAUUGUCAAGAAGAGUCAGAGCUUCGGAGAUCUGCAACCUCUAGCGGACAAACAUGAAGCUACUGAUUCUGGGUAUUCUUCAGAUAGCCAAAUUAAUUCCAAGAAGCGUUCAGAAAGAAAGAAGGGAAAUCCAUGGAGUGAGGAGGAACAUCGUUUAUUUCUAAAUGGAUUGGAAAAGAUGGGGAAAGGUGACUGGAUAGGAAUUUCAAAGAAAUUUGUCAAGACCAGAACACCAACCCAGAUUGCUAGCCAUGCCCAGAAAUAUUUUCUCUUCCUGGCUUCCAAAGAUAAGAGAAAACGAAGGACAAGCGUCUUUGAUGUCGCCCUAGAACAAUCUGAACCAAAAGUUGAAGAUUCUUCGGAUGGAACUCCAGAAACUCUGCCACAAACUAACGAGGGAAUGCCAGUUCUGGAAGCGGCUAAUGCAGGAGCAACAUCCAUGCAAUCAGCUAAUACAGUGGGAAUUACACAGCAGGCUAGUAAUAGUCCAUCAGGUCCAGUGCCAACCCAUUUCCCACUCUUUCCUCUGAUUCCAGCUUCUGCUAUUUCAAAUUAUAGGAGAAAUGGAGGGAGGAAAAUAUUGAUGCCCUUACCAUCUCCAUAUGUGACUGUAAUGAACAACGGGAUACCUAUUCGUUAUGUCCAGCUGGCCCAAAGCUCAUGGAAUGGAAGAGUGAGUCUUCAACCAAUCUCAGCUGGGCCUGCAACUUCAAUAUCAUCAUCUUCAAGAACAGACCCCCUGGAACUUACACUGAAUGGGCCCUCUAACCCUAAUUCGCAGACAAGCAACACUCACCCAAAUGACGUCAUCAAUGCCCAAUGA